AUGAAUCAAUAUAAUUAUUCAGAUUUUAUUUGGCAGCAAUAUGGGCAUAUAACUAGCAAAUAUGUAUGGUAUUGGGGGAAAUCAGUAAUAGGAUUAAAUAAAAUAAAACAUGAUCUUCUAUUUCUAAGAACAUGUAAACAAGAAAAUAUAAUACCAAAAUUUGUACGUUUCCGAAUAUCUGAUGUACAUGCAGUGUAUAAAAAGGCUAUUCAUCGAUGCUAUCAACAAAUAUUAACAGAUGAAAUUAAAUAUAAAAAGAGACAAUUAACAAAAGCAUAUCGACUAUCAAAAAGCUUGCAAAAUGAAAUUCAUAAUAAUAUAAGUAUUGAUCAUUUUACUCAACUGCAAAAUAUGUUUGAAAAUCUAAUUGUUGAUAAAUCUAAAAAAUGGAUCUAUACACAUAACAAAAAGCUUGAAUCUUUAAGAAUAGAACAUGCAUCUAAACAACAAGAUUCUAAAUUAUCAACUCUCGAUCCAAUAAAGAACUAUUCACAUAGAAUAUUAACAGAAAAAGAACGUUCAGUAUUAAUAAACGGUCUUGAUUUUGUAUAUCAAAGUUCAUCAUUAAACGAAAAAGAACUAGUUAGUAGUAUUGAAACCUUGUUUGUUACAUUACUCGGUCGUUGUACAGAUAAAUAUGAUUGGGAGGACAAAGAAUUAGAUGAGAAUAUCACAUAUAAUCUGACACCAGAGCAAUUGCAAUAUGCUGCUAAACUAAGAUCAAUAUCUCAUCGAUUUAAACAAAAUGCAAAGAAAGAACUUAAAACAAUAAAUAAGUCUCAUAAAGAAUCAUUAAAGGUGCUGAGAGAACUUGCAAAAGAUAAAUCUAUACAUAUAACAAGGCCGGAUAAAGGUAAAGGUGUUGUCAUACUAGAUCGUAAAGAUUACGUUAACAAAAUGCAUGAAAUAUUGAAUGAUACAACAACCUUUGAAAAACUAGAUCAUGAUCCAACAAUAGAAAAAGAAAAUCGAUUGAUAACACUACUAAGAAAAAUGAAAAAACGAGGCCGUAUAACUGAAAAGGAAUAUAAUUUUGCGGUUCCUCGUGGUUCUCAAUGUGCUAGAAUGUAUGGUCUAGCUAAAACACAUAAAACCGGGCUACCAUUGAGACCAGUCAUGUCAGCAAUAGGAAGCUAUAACUAUAAGCUUGGUAAACUAAUUGCUAAUAAAUUACAAUCAUAUAGAAAUAGCAAACACAGACUUAAAGAUACUUUCGAUUUCAUUGAAUCUAUAAAAACACUAAAACCAAAUAUGACAGAACACAAAAUGAUCUCAUUUGAUGUAACCAGCUUAUUUACCAAGGUUCCACUAUCAUACACUAUAGAUAUAAUACUUGAUAAAAUGUAUGGACGUAAACAUAAUUGUCCUCAAAUAAAAAAGAAGAAAAAAGCUGACUGGUGUACUAAAUGUGUCAAUAGAAGUGAUAUGAAAGAAUUAAUAGAUACAGCUACUUCAGACACACACUUUUCGUUUGACAAUAAAUAUUAUCGGCAACACAACGGAGUAGCUAUGGGUUCUCCCCUAGCACCAGUUAUGGCGGACAUAUUCAUGAUAAACCUAGAAAAUAAAUUAAUGAAAAAACUUAAAAAAGCUGGCGUACUAUGGUAUAAACGGUACGUUGACGAUACUUUCGUCAUUGUUGACAAAAACGCUAAUGUCGAUAAUAUAAGAAAUAUACUUAAUAGCCAUCACAAAGACAUACAGUUCACAUCAGUUGAAGAACAAAAUGAUGAACUUCCAUUUUUAGAUGUACUCGUACGUCGUAAAUCUAAGCAUUAUGAAACAUGCGUAUAUAGAAAACCAUCAUAUACUGGAUUAUUGACUAAAUGGUCAUCAGCUGUACCUAGAAGCUAUAAAGUCUCUGCAGUCAGCUCCAUGAUAUAUCGCGCCAUAUAUAUUUCUUCAACAUAUACAAUUAUGCAUAAGGAAUUUGACUUUAUACGAUAUAUAACUAAACUAAAUGGUUAUCCAACAAAUUUUGUUGAAUGUCAAAUAAGACAUACGUUGAAUAGAUUUAUCGAAAAACAGAAAGUGAAUGCAAGGAAUAAUUCAACUCAACAAAAGGCAGACGAUAAUAAUAAUAAAGAUAAUAACACAGAAAGAAUAAUUGUGAAGGUCCCAUACGUCGGAAAAUCAACACAACAAUUUAGUAAAGAAAUUAAAAAACUAGCUAAUAAAAUAAAGCCCACAGUUCAAAUAAUAACAGUUUCUAAACCAUCACCAGCUGUUCAUCAGUUCUUUAGAAACAAAGACGAAGUACCACAAGUAAUGCAAUCUAAUAUUGUAUAUCAAAUCAAUUGUAAUACUUGUUCAGCUACAUAUAUUGGAAAGACUGUGAGGCAAGCUAGCAGACGCCUAAAAGAACAUGGCGCACCGUUAAAGAUAACACAAACACAAGUACAAGAAAUCGAACCUAGCAGAAGGUCGUCUAGGAUUGCUAAAAACAAUAAUGAUUUAAUAUCAUAUGCUGAGAAUGAAAGCUUUGAUGAAGAACAACUGGAUGCACCAGUUAAACUAAACUCAGCUAUACAACGUCAUAUCACACAUAAUAAACACCAAAUAAAUUGGGACACGUGGUCUGUAUUAGACAGAGAACAACAUCCAUACAAACUACUAAUCAAAGAAUCGCUUGCUAUUGCUCAUAAACAACCUACUCUCAAUCAAACAACUAGAUCGGUACCGUUAAUUGUGUUCCCGGAGGGUGUUGCAUAA